AUGUUCCUUACGGCCGCUGUAACUGCUGUGAUUGCUACAACUUCUGUAACUGCCGUAACUGCGGGAGCUGUUGGAGCCGCCGCAAGUACUGCAGUUGUGACAACUAAUGAAACCGCUUCAACUACGGCAACCACCGUUACUUUUGUAACCGCUGGAGCUGCCAGAGGUGCUUUGAAUGCCGGGGCCUCUGAGGCUGCCAUGACUACUGUGACUAUCGCGACUUCUGGAGCCGUAACUGCUGUAGCUGCUCAGACUGCUAUGACUUCUCUGACCGCUCGUACUAUGACUCCUGUGUCGGCUGGAGCCGUUGGGGCUGCUGUAAGUAUUGUACCUGCUACGCCUGUUACAACUGUUGUAACUGCUUCAACCGCUGCAAGCACUGCAACUGCUGCGACUGAUGUAACUGCUUCAACCACGGCAACUAACGUGACUGUUGUGACUGCUGGAGCUGCUAGAGGUGCUUUAAAUGCUGGGGCCCCUGUGACUGCUGUGGCUGCUGACACUGCUAUUACUUCUCUGACUGCUCUGACUAUUGUGAUUGCCGUGACUGUUGUGACUGCUGCAAUUGGUCUAACUGCCGUGACUGCUGUGACCACUCUACUGUCACCGCCAUGA